AUGCUACAGUCUGUUUGCACUGAUAGACAAUCAAGUAGGAAAGUACAAGAAUUUCAAGCCCUGCAGUAGUCUGCCAUCUGCCAUCCCUUGAACCUGACUCUUAGGACUCUUUAACUCAAGGCAGAUAAAGAAGUUGUUGUCUUUCUGUUGAAUUGCUGGAAACAAAGUUCCUGAAAGUUCUCCAGGGCUCAUAGCAUGAAAGUUAGUCCACUCUUUCCCCCCUAAAUAUGCUCUUGUAGCAAGAUGAGAUGGACAUGACAAGAUUGCUUCAACACGUGUGUGGUCAUUCUGCUGUAUAGCUGCUCUAAAGUCAAGAUCUGUUGCCAAAAACCAAAAUAUUCCAUAAGGAAGAUCUGGUGAAAUGGCAUCAAGGAAGUUGUGCAGUGUGACCAUCAAAACCUUGGCUAGCUGAAAAAGUUCUGAAUUCUAAUCCAAGCCUGACUUUGAAGUGCCUUAACCAUCCCAGCUGGAGAACUGAAUAAAAACAAUGGGAAACCUCUGAAAACCAGAUGCUGCCUCUGAACCCAGCUUUCGUAGGCAAAUAAACUGCUAAGGAUACACAACGGCCUAUUCUCGAAAGGGCAACGAAUACCACAAGGUCAUGUAUUUAAUUUGAAGAUUAAUCUCUCUGAGUCACACUCCUUCCCACCCUUUACCCCCCACUGUCCUUGGUAUCGGCAGAUUUAAUCAAUAAGCGGACCUACUCUGCUUUCUUCCAGAUAUUUAUAAAGGCGUCCCCUGCCGCGAUUGCUGAAUAUGCUUCCUUCAACACAGCAGGCUCUUGAGGUGAACCCGGUCAUAAGUCAUUACAUUUUCCCAGGCUCUUCCACAACAUGAGAGAGAGAGAGAGAGAGAGAGAGAGAGAGAGAGAGAGAUGGGAAUAUGAGGAAAGGAGACGAUUUUCUAAUGGGAGCUGGUAUGUAUAAAGUACUCAGAGGCCAAAACAGCUGAAGGACAAUUUGUGACAUACCCUUCAUGCUUCAAACUUUUCCUCUCACAGACCUUCUCUGAAACCUUCACCACCAAAACUCCAAAACACCCAAUAUCCUAAGCAAAGCCCCAUUUUUCCUAUUCUUAAAAAUUAAUAUAAAUAUAUAUUUUUAAAGCCCUGUUUGUCCUAUUGGAAUUAAAUUUUGCCGAUAAUAAACGCUCUCCCCCCUAGCAAUUUCCCCCUAAUGGAAUGCAGUUUUGUACAGCAUUUUCACAAAUAUACACGUUUAUCCUCCGCAUUUUUGUUCACUUUCUUUGUGAAGAACGAUGCCGUAAAAUUCAGGUCAGCGUGAAUUUCAAAGGAGAGCUGUGUUUCAUCUUGCAUAUUGGUUUGGGAAGUGUGAACUGAAUAGGUUCACAUUAAAACGUGAACUGUACAUUUUUUUCCACCCUUAGAAUACACAACUUAAACCUUUACAAGUUACAAGAGUUAAAGCGUAUGGUUUCAGCUGAUAUUCAGAUGAAUAUUAUUUCAAGGUUUGGAGUAUUCCAACAUUCUGACCACAAGGCAUGCAAAUUUCUUUGUUGUUGUUACUAAUCUUCCAGUGGUAUCCAUUACUCAGGACACUACUUGGCAUGAUGCAGAUGAGACCAGCAUUGCAAAGCUAUUAAGCAUGAAACGGUACUCCGAGUGACAACAGUAAUAACCAGAAUUAAAUUCACCCUAAAUUCAACUAAAGAGUUUAAAUCACAGCACAGCAAUUGUGGCAAAGAACCCGAAGGCCAUGUGAUUCCAUUUGCAGCUUCAACUCUUAGCAAUAUGGCUUAAUGCAAAUGAUAGUGUGGGAAUGCUUGGUUCUUCAUACAAAACGUUGCCUUUUAGCAUUAAGAAUUAGAGCCAAGUGAAUGAAAUAAAGGUGUUUCUUCUGUCCUUUUCCUGUGUAACAAGAAAAACUGCUCUCCCAGUGCAAUUGCUAACUCAGAGGUGGGGAACUGGAUUCUCUGGGAAGAUACGAUCCUUACCUCCCUCACCAUCCCAUGAGCCAACUUGGACAGGUAGGGUGGGCUUCCCAUCUGUCAAUCAUCUGACAUCAAUACAUCAAUUUAUUUUUAAUAGAAGCGUGUCUAUGCUGUCGUAUCAUAAAAUAUCAUUUAAAUAGAUUAAUUAAAUUUUAAACUACUGAUAAUCAUCAAGGUGACUGGCUAAUCAAAAAUUCCACAGCUACUUUUGAAUAAACAUUCACAAACUUCUUAUUGGUAAUAGAUAGAUAGAUAAAUUAAGGAUCUUUACAAUUUUAUAAUAUGCAGAGAAUAACAUGUGCUGAAAAACCAGAGAAAGGAGCUGAGGGUAGUCGGGGGGGGUCUUUUUUGGGGAGGGAAAAAAUGGGGCGAAUGAGAAUGAUGUUUUUGAUAAAUUGUUAUGUUGAAAUUCCUAAUAAAAAUAUUCAAAGUAACAUUUUUUUAAAAGAAUAUUCCUGAAUAUCUGUUGAAAAAAUAAAUAAAUUGCACAGCUACAAGGUCUGCCAGCUCAAAAAAGUCCAAGGGUCACUUGAAUGUCAAAAGGAGGAUGCCUGUCAAAUCUCAGCUGGGAGACAGUUCCAUAGCAUAUGUAUUGUACCAGAACAUGUUCAUUGUCUGCAGAUGUGCCCAUUGGCAAGUCCUUGAUCAGAGUCUACUCCAGGUUUUCCCAAACCUGGGUCUCCAGCUGUUGUUGGACUACAACUCCCAUCAUCUCCAGCUAGCAGGACCAGUGGUCAGGGAUGAUGGGAAUUGUAGUCCAAAAACAGCUGGAGAACCAAGUUUGGGAAACCCUGGUCUCAUCCCUGAAAGUGUAUGCCAUUCUACAUGUGUUAGUGUGAAAUACAAUUGGGGUGUCCUUUUUGUGUAACAGACCUUCCUACUCCUACAGACAGGACUUCCAUUUCCUCUGCUCCCCACUGCAGCACCCUGCACAUGCACAGACACCAAGAUCUCCUCUGUCUAGUUGGGUCUCUCCGGAGCAAAUUGGGUGGAGCCUAACAUAUCCUGACAUAAUGUUGGAUCUCAACCUUUGUCUUGAAGAUGCCACAAUACUCUUUGUUAUUGUUGUCUUCUAGUGUUCCUAAGCAACUGAGCUGA